GGCAGUUAAGUUGAACAUUGUACAAAACAUCCAUCCUCUAGCCGUAUAUUACAAAACCAAUAUGCGAGAAAUUGUUCAUUUACAAGCAGGGCAGUGUGGAAACCAAAUCGGCGCCAAGUUCUGGGAAGUAAUUUCUGACGAACAUGGCAUUGACCCAACUGGUACCUAUCAUGGUGAUUCAGACUUGCAGUUAGAAAGAAUCAAUGUAUACUACAAUGAGGCCACUGGUGGAAAAUAUGUUCCUCGUGCUGUCUUGGUCGAUUUGGAGCCCGGUACUAUGGACUCUGUGAGAUCAGGUCCAUUCGGACAGAUCUUCAGACCAGACAAUUUCGUUUUUGGUCAAAGUGGUGCUGGUAACAACUGGGCUAAAGGUCACUACACAGAAGGUGCCGAGUUGGUUGAUUCAGUCCUUGAUGUUGUUCGUAAGGAGGCAGAAAGCUGUGACUGUCUGCAGGGAUUCCAACUUACACACUCCCUUGGUGGUGGUACUGGUUCUGGUAUGGGCACUCUUCUCAUCAGCAAGAUCCGUGAAGAAUAUCCAGAUCGUAUCAUGAAUACAUUCAGUGUUGUACCAUCACCAAAAGUAUCAGACACUGUUGUUGAACCAUACAACGCCACCCUCUCAGUUCAUCAACUUGUUGAAAAUACAGAUGAAACCUUUUGCAUUGACAAUGAGGCCCUCUAUGACAUUUGUUUCCGUACCCUGAAACUAACAACUCCUACCUAUGGUGACUUAAAUCAUUUGGUAUCUGCAACCAUGAGUGGUGUUACUACCUGUCUGCGAUUCCCAGGUCAGUUGAACGCUGAUCUCCGUAAAUUGGCUGUCAACAUGGUACCAUUCCCACGUCUCCACUUCUUUAUGCCUGGUUUUGCUCCAUUGACCAGCCGUGGUAGCCAGCAAUACCGUGCCCUUACUGUGCCUGAAUUAACCCAACAAAUGUUUGACUCUAAGAACAUGAUGGCUGCCUGUGAUCCACGUCAUGGUCGUUAUCUGACAGUGGCUGCAAUCUUCCGUGGUCGUAUGUCUAUGAAAGAAGUCGAUGAACAGAUGUUGAACGUUCAGAACAAGAACAGCAGCUACUUUGUUGAAUGGAUCCCCAACAACGUGAAAAUUGCAGUUUGCGAUAUUCCACCCCGUGGUCUUAAGAUGUCCGCUACCUUCAUUGGUAACAGCACUGCCAUCCAAGAGCUUUUCAAGCGUAUCUCUGAACAGUUUACUGCUAUGUUCCGUCGUAAAGCUUUCUUGCAUUGGUACACUGGUGAAGGUAUGGAUGAGAUGGAAUUUACUGAAGCUGAAUCCAACAUGAAUGACUUGGUAUCUGAAUACCAACAGUACCAGGAUGCAACAGCUGAAGAGGAGGGAGAAUUUGAUGAAGAGGAGGCAGAAGAAGAUGAAGCUUAAUGAGGCACUACUUUACGUCUCAAAAGUGAAAUUAAAAGGAUGUAUUGAUGAGAUUUUAAAAAUAAUUCAACCUAUAAAACCUUGGUCUACAGUCUACUGCCAUUAUGUGAAUAAAAUAACUUUCACCAUA